GCUUGCUGAUUGUUAAAGAACACCUCAGAACCCGCGACACACGUUUGAGAAACACACGACAAGGAAUUUUGUUCCUGUAAUUUUAAGCUUCGACAAUGGAAUUUAUGUCCGCUACCGACAGAGUGAACGCUGCAUUCGCUACUUUGCAGUCUGAGUUGAGAGAAAUCAGAACACAAGACAUCAGUCUGAUGAAGCAACUACUGAGUAUCAACGAUUCCAUCCAGAGUCUGUCCAAGAAAAGGAGCGACAAGUCACGUGCCAGGAGGAUGACAAGAAAAAUCUCCCGCAAACCAGCACUGGCGGAAAUCACAGACGAGGACCAAACAUACAGCAGGAAGGACGAAAUCAAACUCCUGACCAACAUCAAACUAUGGAAAUACUCCCAGUCAGACGAAUCCAGCUCGGGAUCAGAGUCAGAAAUCCUGUCUGACUAGAAAGUUCCUCAACCGAUUCCAAAAUACCUCAUUUGACGAAGGUCUCUCUAAAAACUGACGCAUCAAGUACUCCACUUUCUCGACAAAUCAGUUUAAGAGGUACACAGACCGGAUUAAGAACAAUCUUCAUCAGACUUUGACGUCUUUGUUUUUUGUUAUUUCUCUCGUCGCCUUUCAUUGAUAAAAGUAGGGUUUUGUAAUGAAGGACGAUGACAGAGCCAGGCAAUAGUAGCGAUAGUUGCUGUUACUCUGAAUGGUUUAUUGUCUUUUAAUGGAUGUUUGUUUAUUUGUUUGUUGCUGUGUGUUUAUAAAUGCUUGCAAGAAUUCUUUGUAUGAAUCGUUUUUGUCAGAUAUAUAUUUGUGUUGAUUUCGACGAAGUCUUUCGACGGAUUCAAAUAUUUCUUGUUUUGUGCAAUGUAAGAUCUUUUUAAAUGUAAUUUUCUUGCCUUAUUGGAGAAAAAUGUUUAAAAAUAAGUUCGAUAUUUUCUUACAUUAUACUCUUUAAAAGUAUUCAAAUAACAUUGUUCUUAGUUAUAUAAAUUUUAAGGAAAUCAAGUUUUGCUUGAUAAUGUUCAAUUUAAUUGAAUUUAUGUUUUAAACGUGUUACAUAACAAACAUCAAAUUUUGUGAGCACAUGUUUUGGGUCCAUUGUUCGAUUCCGUGUAUGUGUUUGUGUUUUGUUGCUUGUAAUAUGUUUGUCCACAACUUUAACCUUGACCUAUUAUCAAGCUUUAAAAAGUUCAGCUAUGGGUCAAAGUUAAAACUUCUUUUUUAAAUUAAAGUAAUGCAUAAAGCCUACAAGUUUAUUGGCUAGUUUCGGUUAUUAAUCAUACAGAAUACUUUUGCCAAGUGUCAAAUAAUAUUAAAAAAUAUUGUUUUCAGAAUUAUUUUUCAUCACAAAAUAUCUUUA